UGAUUUUUGUAGCUAGCUAGCUAGCUCAACAAUGCCACUGCUGCUUCAGCUGGACCCCCUUGUGUACUUAAGCUGUCGCGGUGCGGGCUGUUGUCUGCUGAAAGCAAAGCAGUUCGUGUGAUCGGUGGCAGGGAGGGGGAAGGGAAGGCCGGAGCGAGCGAUCGAUUUGAUUGCGCCAUGGUUGUAUGAUACACUCUGAGAGUAUCUGAGAGUAUCUCCUCGUGGUGGUGGUGGUGGAGCUUUUUGAGCUGCAUCGCCAUGGCGCGGUCGUUGUUGACUCUCUGUAUCGUCCUUCAGCUAGUUGCUUGCAUUGUAACAGGUGCAGAGGGGGUUACCUUCACCUUUAUCAAUCACUGUAAAUUCACGGUGUGGGUGGGAGUGCAGCCCAAUGGAGGGCUACCUCUGCUGGUCGGCGGUGGAUUUGAGUUGGCUGCCGGCAAGCAAGAUGCGGUGACUGCGUCGGCAAGCUGGGGCGGGCGAUUUUGGGGACGCACUGGCUGCAAAUUCGAUAGUGCCGGGAAGGGGAAUUGUGAAACUGGAGAUUGCGGGGGCGUGCUCAAAUGCGGUGGUGCUGGCGGCAACCCUCCUGCGUCCUUGGCGGAAAUCACACUUAAUGGCGCCGACGGCAAUGAUUUCUACGACAUUAGCUUGGUCGAUGGCUACAAUCUGCCUCUUUCAAUGGCGCCUUCCGGGGGAACUGGGAAGUGCGGCGCCCCUGGAUGCAUCAGCAACUUGAACGAUAAUUGCCCCGCAGCUCUUCAGUUUCUCGCAGAAGGUGUGCUGGUUGGUUGCAACAGUGCGUGCAAUGCGUUCAACACGCCCGAGUACUGUUGCACCGGAGCGUUUGGUGGACCAACCACCUGCCCUCCAACCCAAUAUUCGAUGGCGUUCAAAUCUGCAUGCCCGACGGCUUACAGUUAUGCAUACGACGACGCCACGAGCACUUUCACAUGUAAAGGAGCGAAUUACGCCAUCACUUUCUGCCCUACCGUAACACCGGUGGCAAAAGUAACUAGUAACACCACCACCCCAUCACUUCCGAACGGAGUUCCCGGCAGUCCUGGCAUUGACCAGUAUGGUACAGGCACUGGUGCAGGGAAUCGUCAUUCGGCUCAUGUUGUGUACAUUUUGCUACUAAGCAUCGCAGCAUUCUUCGCAUUGCUCGGAUAAUGAUGGUAACUCAACGUAAUGUUGGUAGUUCCUUUUUUGCUUGAAGCAUUUACCAAGAACACAUACUCAGCAUCAGAUGUGGACCUGGACUGGGCAAGCUACAAACGAAGCAGAAUUCACGUUUGAAGGGGUUUCCGAACUGGCGAACUAAUCCUCAUUUCGCCCUCAAGACACGGAUAAUGUGGGAGAAUAAAAAAUAAAGUAAAAAAUAAAAAAUAAAAAAGAGAGAGAAGAGAAGAAGAAGAAGAAGAAGAAGAAGAAGCUUAUACAUCAUCUAUUAAACUUGCUUAAACAUCAUCUAGCAAAUCACUUAAACCGUAGAAUGUUAAAAUACAUAGUUUUGGGUUUCAGUUACAUAUGAAAACACCGUCUCAGUUCGCAGAAUCGGCAUUUUAUGCCGUCCCUUGCUGCGACGACCAGCCGAGCUUCGCAUUUACUCAGUGCACACAUCGUUUCGGAAAUAGUUAACAAGAAAAUUUUGAUGCCUUGUAGGACAAUCAAAGGUGUCGAUGUGUAAGGGAACCAGAUGCCCAGAGAGAUGCACCAAAUAUAGAGGAGUCUAUCUGGAAUCGUAGGAUCACAAGGUGUAGCAACUCAAGUUGCUGUGCGAGAGAGAGAGAGAGGACGACGAUGCAUGGUGGCAUUUGGGAACUGUUGCCAAACCACAAUCAAUCAACGAAGAAACAAUCUUGAUCCUUGCAAUAUAUCCCUGGAAACACGCAUCUCUGUGCUUGCCUUAUUCGCA